AUGAUGUUGAUGUCAGCAACCACACCAUCAACUUCAACGAUUACGACGAGUAGUCGUCGUACGUUCUUCCCUGAAUCCUCCGCCACGGUCGCGCGUUUGCGACGACACGCACUGCGACGACCAGGGACUACGACGACGACGACGACUGAAUGCGCAGCUCGAAAAGAAGAUAAAAAUGGUUGUUUGGAAAGAAGAAGAAGAAGAAGAAAAAGCGUCGCACUUCACUCCUGGAAAGGAGGAGGAGGAGGAAAACGCGGUGGAGAUAACGCGUUGGAACCGCCGAACGCUAUUCUGGAAAACUUUGCAUCGGACACGAACAACGAAGAAGACGUCAUCAACGCUCCAGCGACUUUAAUUAACCCACUGCUGAAGAAACAGAAAGACGCGACGAACGAGGAGGAAGAGAGCGAAAGAGUCAAAGCAAAGCCAAUCGUCAAUCCGGAAGAUUUUACGUUGCAACCGGGAGAAGUGUCGAAGUUUAAAGCUCCGACGACGACGGUUGAAGAUUUACAGCUCUCCGGGUGGUAUUUGAAGGCCAUCUUGACUGCGGAUGUGUACGACGUGGUGGUCGAGACGCCGCUGGAACUCGCCGCUCGAUUAUCAGAGAGAGUGACGGCGAGCGUACCAAUGACACCAGGAGGAGACGCGCAAAAACAGAAGCGAAUAUUCUUAAAAAGAGAGGAUUUACAGCAAGUCUUUUCGUUUAAGAUUCGUGGAGCGUAUAACAAGAUUAAGAAUUUGAAGAAGGAGGAGUUGGAGAGAGGAAUUAUAACCGCGAGCGCCGGGAACCACGCGCAAGGCGUCGCUUUGAGCGCAAAGACGUUGGGUAUUAAAGCUGUGGUGGCUAUGCCAGUAACUACUCCGAAAAUUAAAGUAGAAGCCGUUCGAAGACUCGGUGGUGAUGUUGUUCUCAUUGGCGAGAACUUUGACGAAACCGCAGCGUACGCGAAGAAACGAUCCGUAGACGACGAGAUGACAUUCAUUCCACCGUUCGAUGAACCGUACGUCAUUGCUGGCCAAGGUACUUGUGGGGUCGAAAUUUUGCGACAAUUACCGACGGCCAAAGCGGUAUUUAUUCCCAUCGGAGGUGGAGGUUUGAUUGCGGGCGUGGCGACGUAUUUGAAGACGAUUGCGCCAAAGAUAAAAAUUAUUGGCGUCGAGCCGAGCGGCGCAAACGCCAUGGCACAGAGUCUCGACAGAGGCGAGCUCGUGAAACUAUCCAAGGUUGAUGGUUUUGCAGAUGGGGUUGCUGUCAAAGAGGUUGGCGUGAAUUGCUUUCAGCUUUGUCAACAAUGCGUCGACGGGGUGAUGAUGGUUCGUACCGAUCAAACUUGCGCGGCGUUGAAGGACGUAUUCGAAGAUACGCGUUCGAUUUUAGAGCCGUCUGGGGCGCUUGCCGUCGCCGGUGCGAAAGAGUGGUUGAAUGCGAAUCCAGAUUUUGAAGGCGACGUUGUUUGUAUUACGUCCGGGGCAAACAUGAACUUUGACAGAUUGAGAGUCAUCUCGGAAAUUGCCGACGGUGGUUCCGGUACGGAAGCGACUUUGAUUUCCGCGAUUCCCGAAGAAAAUGGCUCAUUUAAAAGGUUCGUCACCUUAGUCGGCGAGGAUACAAACUUCACGGAGUUUAAAUAUAGAGUUCAGAAUCUUAGUGGCGAUGGUAAGAAGAGUUUAGCGAAAGUUUUAUAUUCGGUGAAUGUAGAGAGCGAGACGCAACUCCAAGCAUGCAUAGCGCGCUUGAGGUCGAACGGUAUUCCUACGGAGGAUUUCACUAAGGAUGAAACGACGCAAACGCACUUGAGAAAUAUAACUGGUGGUGCUUCGAGUAUUCCGAACGAGCGAUUAUAUAACAUCGCUAUUCCAGAGAGAGCGGGAGCGUUGGCAAACUUUUUAGAUUUCAUAUCGCCGAGAUGGAACGUGUCGAUGACCCAUUAUCGUGCAGGAGGACAACGAGAAGCGUCCGUCCUCGUGGGAAUUCAAGUUCCGGACAGUGAAUUAGCGGAGAUUGAAGCAGCUUUAGAUGGGUGCGGUUACGAAUACUCGUGCUUGCAAAGCAACGCGGCUUACAACAUGCUCUUUGAAGAUAAUUGA